CUGCUGGAGCCCAGGGCAGUCCUGCAGCAGGGCUCUCCCUGGAGCCGGGUUGGCUGCACAGGGUGGCUCUGCCGGUUCCUGCUGCGGAGCAGCCCUGGCCAGGGGCUGUGUGCAGUGGGCUGGAAGCCAGAACGCAGCCGUGCCCUGCCAGCUGGCAUAAAUGGGUGGCAGCAACAGGGCAUAGGAAGGGAGAAUCCAUACGGAGGGUCUGUUCGGGUUGGCUCACUCGCGGCCUCCCCUCGCUGUCGCGCACACGUGGCCCUUCCCACACCGCCAUUCUCUUCCCGUUUCCCGUGGCCUGGGACAUCUCUGGGACUCCGCUCUGGCUCAGGGCCGGGCUGCAGAGCGCUCCGCCCCGCCGGCAGCACGCAGCGGAUGCCGGGAUGGGGCUGAUCCCGUCGGUCUGAGCCGAGCCAUGCCGUGCCGAGCCGCCGUCCCGUGCGUCCCAACCCCGAGGGCUCCAGUCCCAGCGCAUCGCAGCGCGGUGUCAGCGUGGCUCGGAACUGUGGCGGUGCUGCUGUGCACGGUGCUGAGCCCUGGAUGGGUUGAGGCGCAGCCCUUUCCUUUCCGAGACCCAACGCUGCCCUGGCACCGCCGCCUGGAGGACCUGCUGGACCGGCUGACCCCCGCCGAGAUGGUGCUGCAGAUGGCAAGGGGGGGAGCCCUGCAGAACGGCCCCGCACCCCCCAUCCCACGCCUGGGCAUCGCGCCCUACAACUGGAACACCGAGUGCCUGCGGGGCGAUGCGGAGGCACCCGGCUGGGCCACGGCUUUUCCCCAGGCGCUGGGGUUGGCUGCUGCCUUCAGCCCUGAGCUCGUGUACCGAGUGGCCAACGCCACGGCCACCGAAGUGCGUGCCAAGCACAACUCCUUCAUCGCUGCCGGCCGCUACGAUGACCACACGGGGCUCAGCUGCUUCAGUCCUGUGCUCAACAUCAUGAGGCACCCGCUGUGGGGCAGGAAUCAGGAGACGUACGGGGAGGAUCCGUACCUGACUGCAGAGCUGGCCACGAGCUUUGUGCAGGGCCUGCAGGGUCAGCACCCCCGCUACAUCAAGGCCAGUGCUGGCUGCAAGCACUUCAGCGUGCACGGUGGCCCUGAGAACAUCCCUGUGUCCAGGCUCAGCUUUGAUGCCCAGGUGCUGGAGCGGGACUGGCGCACCACCUUCCUGCCCCAGUUCCAGGCAUGUGUGCGUGCCGGGUCCUACAGCUUCAUGUGCAGCUACAAUAGGAUCAAUGGCGUCCCUGCCUGCGCCAACAAGAAGCUGCUGACGGACAUCCUGAGGGGCGAGUGGGGCUUCGAGGGCUACGUGGUGAGUGACGAGGGGGCUGUGGAGCUCAUCCUGCUGGGGCACCGCUACACACACACCUACCUGGAGACGGCCAUUGCGUCGGUGAACGCCGGCCUCAACCUGGAGCUGUCCUACGGCAUGAGGAACAACGUCUUCAUGCACAUCCCCAAGGCCUUGGCCAUGGGCAACAUCACACUGGAGAUGCUGCGUGACCGCGUCCGGCCCCUGUUCUACACACGGCUACGGCUGGGGGAGUUCGACCCCCCGGCCAUGAACCCUUACAACGCCCUGGAGCUGAGCGUGGUGCAGAGCCCUGAGCACCGCAACCUCUCACUGGAGGCAGCCAUCAAGAGCUUCGUGCUGCUGAAGAACCAGCGGGACACGCUGCCGCUCCGCGAGCUGCAUGGCAAACGCCUGGCGGUGGUGGGUCCCUUUGCAGACAACCCCCGUGUGCUGUUUGGGGACUACGCACCGGUGCCGGAGCCACAGUACAUCUACACACCACGGAGGGGGCUGCAAACACUGCCAGCCAACAUCAGCUUUGCUGCGGGCUGCCGGGAGCCGCAGUGCCGGGAUUACUCAAGGGAUGAGGUGGAGGAUGCGGUGCAGGGAGCUGAUGUGGUGCUGGUGUGCCUGGGGACGGGGGUAGAUGUGGAGAUGGAGGCAAGGGACCGCGAGCACCUGUCCCUGCCUGGACACCAGCUGCAGCUGCUGCAGGAUGCUGUGCAUGCAGCUGCUGGGCACCCCGUCAUCCUGCUGCUGUUCAAUGCCGGGCCUCUGGAUGUGAGCUGGGCACAGGAGCAUGACGGCGUGGGGGCCAUCCUGGCCUGCUUCUUUCCUGCCCAGGCCACCGGCCUGGCCAUUGCCAGCAUCCUGCUGGGCGAGCAGGGGGCCAGCCCUGCAGGCAGGCUGCCAGCCACAUGGCCUGCAGGCAUGCACCAGGUGCCCCCAAUGGAGAACUACACCAUGGAGGGUCGGACGUACCGCUACUACGGGCGGGAGGCUCCCCUCUACCCCUUUGGAUACGGGCUGUCCUACACCACCUUCCACUACCGGGACCUGGUGCUGAGCCCCCCAGUGCUGCCCAUCUGCACCAACCUCUCUGUGUCGGUGGUGCUGGAGAACACGGGGCCACGUGACAGUGAGGAGGUGGUGCAGCUGUACCUGCGCUGGGAGCAGCCGUCUGUGCCGGUGCCGCGCUGGCAGCUGGUGGCUUUCCGCCGCGUGGCCGUUCCUGCUGGUGGUGCCACCAAGCUGUCCUUCGUGGUGUUGGCUGCCCAGCGUGCCGUCUGGACCCAGCAGUGGCACCUGGAGCCCGGAGCCUUCACACUCUUUGCUGGUGGGCAGCAGCCAGAGCAGCAGAUGCGGGCACCCUCGGAAGUGUUGAGCGCAAAGUUCAGUGUCACUGGGGCUGCCCGGGCACUGCACAGCUGUUAGAGGUGGGGAUGGGUGUGAGGAUGAGUCCUGGAGUGUGGGGAGCUGGAGGAAGGAUGAUGUGCAGUGGCUGUGCAGGACAGGGGGAGCACGGUGCUCUGCCUUGCAAUAAAGUGCCCUCUGCUCUCCAGGAGGCUGUGUCCAGCCA